AUGUCGAAUUGUAUUUUUAGAAACACGGAAAAGAAGGAACUGCAGAUGUUGAAGAGGCACUUUAGGGUUACUCACCCAGGUGUAGCCCAACCAGACAAGGUGAUAUACAAAACGAAGAGGGGGGAGAGGGUGAGACAGGAAAUUUACCUGCAUGGAAAUUACCCCAACUACUUUUAUGAAAGGUACUGGAAGAGGAAAAAAAAAUGUGAAGAAAUUUCCCGAGGUGGGGUAGUGACCAAAUGUGAUGAUGAAGAGGCCAAGGACAAGAAAGAAGCAGAUAAGCAAUACAAAGCAAAUGAACGAGUUUGCAAAGUGGUGGAAGUUGGUGAGGCGGAUAAGAAGCACAUAAUCGAUGACUACAGAUUAACCCACGUGAAUAAUCUCAUGAAUGGUAUUUUUUAUAACAAGAACGUUCUGGACAUUGGCUGCAAUUGUGGGGUAACCACCUUUUUGCUUAGUCUUAAAUAUAAGUGCCGAGUUGUAAAUGGCAUUGACAUUGAUUGUAACCUCAUUAAUAACAGCGUUACUUUGUUGAGGAUUUUCAUCGAAUUUGUUUUAGUGUAUAAUAGCCAGAACCACGUUGUCCCCUUUUUCCUGCGCCGCCGCAACUUGACGCAAAUGCAGAGGGAUAUCUUCCUCGAGCUGCACCUGCUGCGGGAAGCGAUAAGAAGCGAUGCGCUAAGGAGCGAUGCGGCAGGGGACAAAAUAGACCAAGCGGUUAAAGGAGAAACUGUGGGGGACAAACCCGAGACAGACCAAGCACUGUCCUGCACGCGCGAACACGUCUUCCCCUUCAAUAUAUAUUUCUCCUGCUUGAACAUUUUUGACCAAGUUUUCCAAACCGCGCAGGGCACGUACGACGUAAUUAUUUGCUUCUCAGUCCUAAAGUGGAUACAUCUGAACCAUGGAGACGCUCAGGUGAUUCUCUUUUUCGACCGCAUCCACAGUCUGCUAAAAGAAGGAGGGUAUUUCGUCCUGGAGUAUCAUAAGGAAAUAAAAUACAAGGUUAAGACAUGUGACCGGGAUUAUUAUACGCAUGAGACAAAUCUGAGUUAUAAAGAUUUUGAUGCGAUUGCUCGGGGGGGGUAUCAAAAUAGCAGUAGGAUGAAUCUCGUUGAACGCACGAUUUUUGACGCCAAUGCGGAAGUGGGCCCAAGCGGGAAGAAGAAAGGGCCAGGCAUGUUUAGCAGAAUUGUUUGCAUUUAUCAGAAGGUGUAA